CUUUAUAUACUUUAUGUACUUUAUAUACUUUAUAUACUUUAUAUACUUUAUGUACAAUGAGUUAAUAUUUUAUCAGGUAUGAGUCUGUGCACUCUGAGUGGACUCGAGACGCCUCGAGUCGGGAUGCAGUGUGCAGGAGUUCGGUGGGACUAUGAACAGCUACACCUCUGAAAUGAGCUCCUGUCUGAUGCUGACAGCUUGUAGAGAACUCUUUUGUUUCUUUGUUUAAAACAGUGACCUUGUGUGAAAAGAACAAUAUAAAUUAAAUGUUUUAUUAUUGUAGAGUUUAAACUUUGUGGUGUCUCACUGACCUCAUCUGUGUUUAGUGCUUAACGUUUUUAUAACAAAAAAAUGUCCAUGAGAUGAAGAGGAAAAUACUCGUAAUGAAUAGUCUGCUUCUCUGCUCUAUACACAGCAAUGAGAGCUUCUGCUAGUUUCUACAAAUGUGGAAGUGUGGAGUGUUCUGAACAAGAAGGGCUUCGUCUACAUGCAGUGUGUAAACAUCUGUACGAUGUGUUUGCUUGGUGAAAUAUGUAACAUCAGAUCAAAGUGUAAACCGCAAUAGGUAAUGCUGCUAAAGUCUCAGGGAAAAAUGCAAAGCAAGCUGAUCACAAUAUGAACUCGCUAUAGGGAACGUCCCCAAGAACUGCUGCGGAGGAAUUUAAACCUGAAGCAAAAAACCCCUGUAGGAAUGAGAGCCCCUCAGAGAGCAUCUGCCAAUCAUACAGAGUUCCCAUAAUCUCUAAAAUCUACCUUUAAGGCACGAACCCAUUAAAAAGACCUGAUGAUGAUAAAUGUUGUUACUUUACAUAACAUGAAAUUGCUGUGAAUCUAUGAGUCAGUGGUGGGGCGAUUCAACCAGGCUAUAAAAGUCUGCUGAACUUCUCAAGCUCACUCAUUCUCCAGAGUAAGACUAAAACACCUCCAUCAACAUGGCUAGCACCUUCUCCACCUACGGCAGCUUUGCAUCUGGAUCAGGGUUUAGUGGUGGAGGAGGAAGCCGGGUCAGUGCAAUGCGGGCAGGAAGUGUCUAUGGUGGAGCAGGAGGGUCUGGGGUUCGCAUCUCCCAAGCUUCUCAGGCCUUAUCUGUUGGUGGAUCUGGAGGUAGAGUUGGUGGAGGCUUUAUCUCUGGUGCAGGUUUUGGUGCAGGAUUUGGAGAUGUUGCAGGGUUCAGAUCUGGUGCAGGGUUCGGAGGGGGUGCAGGGUUUGGAGGUGGUGCUGGAGAAGCAGACUCUAGCAUCAUCGGCAAUGAAAAGUUCACCAUGCAGAACCUCAAUGACCGUCUGGCCUCCUACCUGGAAAAGGUUCGCUCACUAGAGAAAGCCAAUGCAGACCUCGAGCUCAAGAUACACCAGUUCCUAGACAGCAAGUCCUCCCCUACUGCACAGGACUACUCUGGUUCCUUGACUACAAUCAGUGAACUUCAAGCUAAGAUUCUGGAUGUCAUCCAGUUGAAGGGUACAGUCCACCUUAGCAUCGACAAUGCCAGUUUGGCUGCGGAUGACUUCAGGAUAAAGUAUGAGAAUGAGUUGGCCAUGCGUCAGUCUGUUGAGGCUGAUAUCGCUGGACUGAAGAGGUUGCUGGAUGAUUUAAACCUGACCAAGAAAGAUCUCACCCUGCAGAUUGAGGCCCUGACUGAGGAGCUGGUCUUCCUCAAGAAGAACCAUGAGGAGGAGCUGCUAGCAGCACGUAGCCAGAUGAGUGGGCAGAUUCAUGUUGAGGUUGAUGCUGCACCACAGCAAGAUCUCACCAGUGUCAUGGCAGAAAUCCGUGAGCACUAUGAAGCCGUUGCUGCCAAGAGCCAGAAGGAGCUUGAGGGCUGGUUCCAGAAAAAUUCUGAGAGCCUGAAGCAGGAAGUUGCUGCCAGCACUGAGACACUGGCUGUCUCCAAAACAGAAGUGAACAGCGUGAAGGGGACAUCACAGUCUUUGGAAAUUGAGCUCCAGUCUCUGUUGGCCAUGAAAGCCUCCCUUGAGGGAACACUCUCUGAGACUCAAGCCCGUUAUGCCAUGCAGUUAUCUGGAUACCAAGUGCAGGUGACAAGUAUGGAGGAGCAGCUGGUGCAGCUUCGUGCUGAUCUGGAGCGUCAGUCUCAGGAGUAUCAGAUGCUGCUGGACAUCAAGACCAGACUGGAGCUGGAGAUCGCAGAGUACAGGAGACUGCUGGAUGCUGAGGCCAGCAGCAGUGCCUCGAUUUCCUCCACCAAGAGCUCCACCACCAAAACUGCAAUCAUCACAGUGGUGGAAGAGGUGGUGGAUGGGAAGGUCGUCUCAACCUCCUCUACAUCUGUAACCAAGUAGUAAAGGAGAAACUGGAAAUGUUUUUAUUGAAGUAUAAUUCAACCAGCAUUUCUGUUUAAAAAU